AGCGUUAUCUGUUGACCCUGAUGAAACGGAAAUCCACAUCAAGCUGUUUAUAUAAUUUCAUACAAGAGUCGCAGAUCGCUUCGGCAUCUCAAAUCCGACGUUAUUAUGUUUACUAACAAAAUUGCCGAUGUUACCGCGCCUGCGCCCUAGUUGGGUCCGACGUUCCCCAAACUAAACCCACCCUUAUCGCCACGCACAACUUGCAGUGCAAAAAUAAAUCCAAACAUAUGGUUAUAUUGUUGUCGAAAAAAUCCUUUUAUAACCUUUGAAGGAUAUCAGUGAAUAACACACAAACACAGCAAUGGGCAACCAGUUCAAGAAUGUUGCUGUUAUAGCCUGCCUGAAGACGUUUUUGUUUAUAUUCAAUAUCGUCUUUUGGAUCACAGGGCUGCUGCUGCUCACAGUGGGUCUCUGGGCGGAGUUCGACCUCUACAAAUACAUGGAGCUAUCCCCGGAAUUCUCCGGGACAGCGCCACACGUCAUGAUCGGGAUCGCAGGGUUAAUCGUACUCAUCAGCUCGAUUGCCUUCUCUUGCAUCAUAAAGGGACAACCAGUUCUUUUGUAUAUUUAUGGCGGUUUCCUAGCCUGCAUUUUCAUGAUGGACGCAGGCGUCGGCGCUUCUGUGGCGUGUUACAAGGACACCUAUGCUAAAGGUCUUUACGACGGCCUUACUCAGACUGUCAUCACCUACAAUCCACAUAAAGCUAACUUCGAUUUUGCUCAAUCCACGCUACACUGCUGUGGCGUGUCUAACUACACUGACUGGAUGAAGAUGUCUCCACAGCGAGUCGUUCCAAUCUCCUGCUGCAUAGACCCGAACAACUGCAUCACGGCUAACUAUGGGGAUAUUUAUCAAAGAGGUUGUUACGAGGUAAUAGUGGACUACCUAGCGAGCAACAUGGACGUUUUAAUCGGCAUCGCGAUCGGCACUGCGUUGUUGCCGCUCAUUGGAACUAUAUUGUCGUGCUGCCUCGCCAGCUACAUCAAGAAAUCCAAAUACGACGUCAUGAAUUAAUCUCUUUUUACCUAAAGGCCUAAAGAUAUCGAAAUAAAACCGUUACUCUUUAUCCUGCAACUAGUGACAUGGCGACGAAUCAAUAAUCUCAAUUCUUUAUGACUGAUUUUAAAUACUUUACUGUAGAUGUUGACUUAUCCAUUGUAUAAGGAUUCUCGGCUACUCUUGAUUGCCAUUGUAUUGUUGUAUCUAUUGAUUGUAUAUUAUUUUUAUUAUAUUCAAAAUAUAUUGAUGUUAAAUGAA